CGACGUCAACAAAUUUGAAAUGGAAAUACGUGUGUGAAUUUGUGAAAAAAUACUACUAAUAUAAUAAAAUUGUAACUACAAACAUAUCGCUUGACCUGUAGUUUUUUCUAUAUAAAUAACCUGGAAAGGUACUUAUGAAGUCUUCAGAAAAUAUAGAUUUGAAAGAGAAGGAAACAGCAAGUGACCCGACUCCACAGGAAGACAACACGGUGACCCCAGAGACAGUGUUAAAUCCGAUAACUGACUCUACUUCAAAAGAAAAUAUGGAUAAUGAUAUAAAAAAAUCUGGUACAUAUGCUUCGAAUAGGCGUAUAAAAUAUUUAGGUGUAAUUAAAUACAUAAGUUUGGCAAUACUGACAAUUCAAAAUGCUGCUCUCGGUCUUAGUAUGAGAUAUGCAAGAACAAGAGAUGUGGAGAUGUUUUCAGCUCCAGCAGCUGUCUUGAUGGCUGAGGUGCUGAAACUCGCAAUAUGUAUAGGACUUGUAAUAAAUGAGUCUAAAAGUAUCACAAAAGGAGCACAAACUAUGUAUGCUACUGUUAUCUUAAAUAUUAAGGAUACACUGAGAGUGUGUGUCCCAUCAUUUUUAUACACAAUACAGAACAAUUUACUGUAUGUAUCAGCAUCUAAUUUAGACGCAGCAACAUAUCAGGUGACAUAUCAGCUUAAGCUGCUAACAACUGCCUUCUUUGCUGUGAUUGUUUUAAAAAGAACAUUGAAAAGAUGGCAAUGGCUAGCUCUCGCAUUGCUGGUAGCGGGAAUAGCACUGGUGCAGCUGGCAUCUACAGAUCCCAAGACCGCAAAGACAGACACUAAAGGACAAUCAAAAGUUCUCGGUUUUUGUGCAGCUUUAGCAGCAUGCUUUAUAUCUGGUUUUGCUGGCAUUUACUUUGAGAAAGUUCUCAAGGAAUCAGAUAUAUCUGUGUGGAUGAGAAAUGUGCAGCUGAGUCUUCUGUCAUUACCAUUUGCAACAGGCACAUACCUUAUCAAAGAAGGUUCAUUGACAAACCUGCUGAAGGGUUUUGAUGGCUUCGUGUGGUAUCUGGUAGUGUUACAAGCCGGGGGGGGGUUAAUAGUUGCCGUUGUGGUUAAAUACGCGGAUAAUAUACUCAAGGGUUUCGCUACAUCUGUUGCUAUAAUCAUUUCAUGCAUAGCAUCUAUGUACAUAUUUGACUUCCAUUUAACAGUGCAAUUCGCGUUGGGAACCGUAUGCGUAAUAGGAUCAAUAUUUUUGUAUGGUUAUGUUCCUAAGAAACCACAACAGAGGACUUCGUUGAGUGUAUAAUCUCACUUAUUGCCAUUUUUAGAUAUAAUAAUAUUAUUAGGAAAACUUAAAUAGGAAUCUAGUUAAAAUGAAUAAAACAAUAUUUUUAUAUUGGAAUAUAUUAAAUCAUUUAAAUACAUUGAUGAAUAAUUGAUUAAUAAUAAUUCACAUCAGGUCAAUCUGGUCUGAAAUGUAACAUGUUUUUAAAAGUCACUAGAUAGGUGGUAACAAGAUAAUUUUUUUCUUCUACGUAAAUCUCUCAAUCAGCCUUCAGGCUAUAAGCAGAUGGGAUGUUAGCUUUUUGUUUAUUCUUUAGUCAGUCGGCGACUAACUAUCCUGGUCGAAUAUGUUUUGUCUCUUUUUAAUUCGACCAUUUAUUUCGGUGAUUGUUACUUGUCCCGCUACUAGGUUUUGAUGAUUUUUGGAGUCUACAUUUGUAUAUUUUGUUAGUAUAGGCAGUAAUCUUCUCUUUUCAUGUUGCUUGUUGAAGAGUAUCGUGUAGCUCUGAUGUUUUGAGAAACCGUGGAGCAUUCGAUGCUCGUCUGAGUAUGUAUGGAUUGGAACACUGGCAGUACCCCAGGAUUGUAUGCCAUAUUCCAGAUCUUAUUCUCAAAGUUUUUUGAAGUUCAUUUCGUCCUUUUUGACUUUUACAGCACGUAAAAGCCAUGU